AUGUGGACGAAGACGAAGACCAGCAGCAAGGCCGGGUUCGACAAGCUGUACGGACUGGUGGACAAAUUAGGCCCGCCUGUCAAUCGCCUUAGCAACAAACUAGGAUCCGAAGCUUUCUGGCCCACGACCCUCGACAAAGAGAGCGACAAGGCUGCGCGCAUCCUCAAAAGCUUCUGCAAGGAUGGCUUCUACCAGGAGGAGGAACGGCCUACCACAGAGGGCCCGAAAUCUAAACAGAAAGUGCUCAAGAAGAUACCGACAGAGGUGAUCAAGAAUGCCAAAGCUCUCGCCAUUUUCACCACCAUGCGCACCGGUCUUUGGUUCUCCGGAGCCGGUGGAAGCGGCAUCCUCAUUGGCCGAACGGAAGACGGUACCUGGUCACCACCCUCAGGCAUCAUGUUACAUACCGCCGGCUUGGGUUUCUUAGCCGGUAUCGACAUAUACGACUGCGUUGUUGUUAUCAAUACACAGCAAGCGCUCGACGCCUUUUCCAAGAUUCGAUGUACGCUCGGCGGAGAAGUCAGCGCAGUUGCCGGGCCUGUUGGGGUGGGUGGAGUCUUGGAGACGGAAGUUCACAAGCGGCAGGCUCCCGUAUUUACAUACAUGAAGUCGCGGGGCCUAUACGCCGGCGUUCAGGUCGACGGCACCAUCAUAAUAGAGCGCACAGAUGAGAACGAGCGUUUCUACGGAGAGCGGAUAGCUGUUGGUGAUAUCUUGAAAGGCAAAGCUCGUCACCCGCCUUAUGAGAUCAAGAGGCUGCAUGAGACUAUCAAAGCUGCACAGGGAGACGCAGAUUUUGACGAGUCACUGAUUCCGAGUGAGCCGCCCCCGGCUGACUACGAGAUUGAGGCCCCCACAGACAAGACCUUUGGCGUUCCUGAUAAAGAAGACCCGGACCCUUAUGGAGUACUAGCACUGCAGGAGGCGGGCUUGGAUAUCAAGGAAGCGGGCACUCACAAGCGGCCCACCAGUGAGCAGUUCGAGUUCAACCCAGCUCCGACCAGUCCUAUUUACUCAACAUUCAGACGAAGCUUCGAUCGCUCAAGCUUUGAUGGCCGAAGCGUCAGCAGAAGGUCCUCAUGGAGGACCAGCACUAUUAGCAGUGUCCUAGAACCGCGGACACCGUCGAAAAUGGUGGAUACGAGCACACAGACGGACACAGACGCACCCACAUCGAUACAAGUCCCGCCGCCAUUACCUCCACGACAAACUCACACACCUAGCCCUACACUAGCGAACAUUCCCGAAACGAAAAUCAUUGAAGACACACCAACACGCAGGAGUCAAGAAAAUGAAGAGAAACAUGUUGAUUUUACUGCACAGGGUACAGUGCGACAGUCUCAAGCAUUCGAUGAUGUUGAUCUAGACGGCGAAGUCUCGGACGAAGAGGAGCCAAUCAUUGAAGAGAUUCAUCAAGCCGCAGCACCCCAGCCCAUCACCCGCGCUCGCAUUGUCCAAGUCGCCAAGCCUAUCGCACCGAAGCUUCCUCCUAGGAACCCCUUUCGCAAUCGAGGCUCAUACCAAUCGACCACAUCAAAUGAGGAGCCUUUCCGCGACGCCUCAACAGACCCGUCACCUCUAGCUGGUCAAAGUCCGCCAGCUACGCCAUCGCUAAAGGAUGGCUCUUCUGCCUCUUCGAUUGAUGAUUUCGAGCGUCUUGAGCACGUUAAUAAGGAGCUCCACCCGCAUACUUCGCACGAGACUCAAGAGCAGAAGGAGGAGAAAGACGACUUCCAUUCACUCCCAGAGUCUCCUACCAAGGCUGUUCCUGGAGGUUUCCAUUAG